CCUAUUCGUCACACAUAUCAACACCUUGGAGAUAUUAACAUUGCUGGUAUUAUUUCUGUAUUUUCAACAUUUUCCAAUUCCAUUUCUUUUAUCCAUCAUCCAUCUCAGGAACUUCAAGAUGGACUUAUCAAUUUCAGUCCAAGUUGGACUUACCUUGCCUCAAUGGUGCUUCUCUUCACCCAGGGCAGAUUCAUCCCUAACUACAAGUGUGGGGUCCCAAACUCUUUAGCUGCAGUCAUUGGAGGACCUGACAUCUGUCUCUAUAUGGCAACUGUUCUGUUUAUCUAUAAAGUUCCACAGUUGACCUAUGGCUCUGCCCCAGUCAUGGAUAAAGAGACUCAAGGGGCUUUCUUCCAACAAAUGUUUCCAGAUGAAUCUCACCAACAUAAGGGUCUCCUCCAGUUAUUGCUAUAUUUUAGAUGGAUCUGGAUUGGAGUUCUUGUUGUGAAUGAUGACAAGGGAGAGGAAUUUGUCCAGGAGGUGCUCCCCACAUUUUCCCAGCAUGGCAUCUGCUUUGAUUUCAUACAAAAAUUCCCUAAGGUAGACUUUUACAUUGAUUUUAAUGAUCAAGUGAGUGAAGGAGUCCAUAUAUAUCAAGUUCUCAUGAACAGCACAGCCAACGUCAUAGUUUUAUAUGGUGAAAUUGAAUCUAUAUCACUUUUGAGAACAUACCUCCAAUUGUCAGAAGUAGAGGAUAUACCAAAGAAGACAAAAAUCUUGGUUACAACAGCUCAGACAGAUUAUACUUCCAAUUCCUUUCAAAAAUCUUGGGGCAUCCAUUUCCUACAUGGUGCUUUAUCCUUUGCAGUUCAUACAAAGGAUGUCCAAGACUUCCAGGAAUUUCUUCAGAACUUUAUUCCAAACAACAAUCUUCAAGAUCAUUUCCAGAAAGAUUUCUGGGAACAGGCAUUCAAUUGUUUCUUCUCAUACUCAAAAACUGAAACCUCUGAGAAGAAAUGUACUGGACAGGAGAAGCUUGAGACCCUUCCCACAUCUGUGUUUGAAACACACAUGGGUGGCCAGAGCUACAAUAUUUACAAUGCAGUCUAUGCUGUGGCACAUGCUUUGCAAUCAUUGUAUUUAUUCAAAUCCAGGGGGAAAAGAAUUGCAAAAGAUAGAAAGGAAAAGUUUCAGAAUAACAAGUUGUGGUGGCAGCUUCAUUCCUUUCUGAGAAGUAUCUCAUUCAAUAACAAUGUUGGAGAAAGGAUUUCCUUUGAUAAAAAUGGGAAAAUCAUUGGUGGAUUUGAUAUUAUCAACUGGAUCACAUUCCCCAAUCAGUCCUUUCUUAGAAUCAAAGUUGGAGCAAUAGAUCCUAUAGCUGCUCCAGACAAAUUCUUCAGCAUCUCUGUGGAUAUUAUCACAUGGCCAGUAGACUUUAAUCAGGUACAACCUUUGUCUUUGUGUAAUGAUCCCUGUGAGGCAGGAUACAGCAAGGUCAAGAAAGAAGGGGAGUCAUUUUGCUGCUAUGGUUGCCUUCUGUGUCCAGAAGGGAAAAUAUCAAAGAAGAAAGACAUGGAUAACUGCUCUCCAUGUCCAGAGGAUCAAUAUCCAAAUCCUGACAAAAGUAUGUGCAUUCCAAAGCGCAUCACCUUUUUGUCCUUUGAAGAACCCUUGGGGAUCAGUUUGAUGGUUCUUUCACUUUGUUUUUCUUUAAUGACAACCUUGGUCAUCACAAUUUUCAUGAAAUAUAAAGACACUCCCAUCAUCAAAGCCAACAACAGGAAUCUCACCUAUACUCUCUUAGUUUCCCUCCUCCUCUCUUUCCUUUGUGUGUUUCUAUUUAUUGGAAGACCUGAUAAGAUUGUAUGUCUUCUUCGACAAUCAGCUUUUGGCCUCAUCUUUUCUAUAGCAAUUUCUUGUGUAUUGGCCAAAACCUUUGUUGUGGUUCUAGCAUUCAUGGCCACCAAACCUGGUUCCAGAUUAAGGAAAUGGGUGGGGGGGAGAAUAGUCAGUUUCAUUAUUCUAUCCUGCUCCUUUGUUCAAAUAAGUUUUUGUUCUGUGUGGCUGAUAACAUCCCCACCAUAUCCAGAUUUUGAUACACAGUCAAUGUCUGAAGAAGUAAUCAUAGAGUGCAAUGAAGACUCAGUCAUGUUCUACUGUGUUUUGGGCUUUAUGGGUUUUCUUGCUCUGGUUAGCUUCUCUGCUGCUUUUCUGGCUAGGAAUUUACCUGACAGUUUCAAUGAAGCCAAAUUCAUCACCUUCAGCAUGUUGGUCUUCUGCAGUGUUUGGCUGUGUUUUAUUCCAACCUAUCUAAGCACAAGGGGAAAAUAUAUGUUGGCUGUGGAGAUAUUUUCUAUGAUUUCUUCCAGUGCUGGCUUAUUAAUGUGUAUCUUUCUUCCCAAGUGUUUUAUUAUUGUGAUAAGACCGGAACUGAACAAUAAACAUCAGCUCAUAAAAAGAAAGUUUUAG